ACGGCACAGCUGUGACGCCACGCUCCAUCCGGGUCGUCCGCGCCUGGGCCAUGACGUCACGGGGUCCAGGAAUGGCGGCGCUGUCUGCAGAGAGAAGCAGCUCAAAGAGCCAGAAACUUUAUUCCUAACAUCGCUCAGCGGCUACACGAGCUCCACCGCUCAACCGACGGCCAUAUCCUCCUCUUAAAGAGCCAGCGCGACGGCGGUACCAAGUCUCGACGCUGUUACCGCUGAAUUCCGACGUCCCAGGCUCUAUUAGUUUGCUUGACUUUGCGAGGGCCAAAAGACAAGAGCAAAGACAGCGACUAACGGUACAUAAAACAACAACAAGCUCCCUGAAACACGCUCUUUCGAGUCCGUCCAUUUCAUAGAAGGAUCUUAUUUGUGUUUUGCUAGUUUCUAGUCUUGCUCAUACACCGAAAGGCACGACACUGGCCUGAUAAGGCGAAGCCGCCAGCUGCGGGUUUGAUGCCACGAUGGAGAGUUUAACACUGAGCGAUUUCGAGCAGAAAUAUUACUCUGAGCUCUUCCUCUCCUGUGAUGUGGAUAACACCAAGAAAGUGGCUUCCAAUGGCAAAGUUCUGGACCUCUUCCGGGCGGCCCAGCUCUCACCCGAAGUUGUCCAUCAGAUUACUGAACUUUGCGGGGCCACGCGCCUCGGUCAUUUCGGUCGGAGUCAGUUCUACAUUGCUCUGAAGCUCAUUGCACUGGCCCAGUCUGGACUGCCCCUGCGCGUGGAGAGCCUGAACAGUGUCAGGGAUCUGCCCCUCCCUCGCUUUGUGAUGGGAAAGAACGAGCAAGAGACGAGGCACACAAUCAUGUUCGCAGACGCAGAGAACCAGGGACCCUACCUCCCCAGACCUCCAGGCCGAGUGCAAGCCAAAAAAGUGUCAGCGCACGAGAUGAUUCAGCCCUGUGUGCCCACUGUAGAUCCACAGCCGGACACCACAUCUCCUGUAGUGUCACCGCACCAGUCCCCUCCCACUUCGCCCCAUGCCUGGAGGAAGCACAAACGCCAGGCCAGCGGUGGAAACGUGGACAGACAGCCCUCAGUGCCAGGAGUUGUUUGGCCUCCUUUCAGAGAAGCACAGCCAGGACCAGUUACAGGUGAAGGGAUGUGGUCCGCCCAUUCACCACCUCCUGUCCAGGAAAGUUGGGUCAGUUUUACAGACACGCCCCCCUCCAGCACACUUCCAAUGCAUCCCCCCUCAGCUCAGCCGGAGAGCACAACAGUACGAACUGUGCCAUCUGCAAUGACCGCAAAUGAAAUCCAAAGACAGACCAGCGGUUAUGAUGACCCCUGGAAAAUCACAGAUGAGCAAAGACAGUAUUACAUAAACCAGUUUAAGACCAUUCAGGCUGAUCUCACUGGUUUAAUCCCUGGCUCAGCCGCAAAGGAAUUCUUUACAAAGUCGAAACUGCCUAUUCUAGAACUGUCUCACAUUUGGGAGCUAUCAGAUUUUGAUAAAGAUGGUGCACUGACCCUGGAUGAGUUCUGUGCUGCGUUUCAUCUUGUGGUCGCUAGGAAAAAUGGUUAUGACCUUCCUGAAAAGCUCCCCGAGAGCCUAAUGCCAAAGCUUAUUGACUUGGAUGACUCAGCAGGAGUUCCAGAACCUGCUCCUGAGGUGGGCUUUUCUGCUUCCCCAGUGGAAGUCACUCCAAAUAAGUCUCCUUCCAUGCCUUCCCUGAACCAGAACUGGCCUGAGCUCAAUCAAAGCAAUGAGUGGGAGACUUUUAGCGAACGCUCCUCAAGCUCACAAACUUUGACCCAAUUUGAUUCUAACAUUGCACCAGCUGACCCUGAUACAGCAAUAGUCCACCCUGUGCCCAUUCGUAUGACACCCAGCAAGAUCCACAUGCAAGAGAUGGAGCUCAAGAGAACUGGAAGCGAUCACACACAUCCAACAAGUCCGUUAAUGGCGAAACCACCAGAACUUUCUGAUGAGUCCAAGUUAGCAGCAACUAUUAAGUUUCCUGGUACCACUGUUGGAGAUGGCUAUAGCAGUUCAGAUUCAUUUACAUCUGAUCAAGAGCCCAUUUCCAGUGCUGUGAACAGACAAAGGUCUCACUCUGGCACCUCUCCGGAAGGACUGAAGGUUGUGGCUCCACCCACGCCUCCACCCCGCCCCCAACACACUCACUCACGGUCCUCCUCUCUAGACAUGAACAGAAACUUUGCUGCUGUCCCUGCAGGUCCACAGCAGCCGGGUGUAGUUGCCUUUCCCCCAGCAGUGCCUCCCAGACCACUGCCCACACAGACAUCAGUGCCACAUGGUCAUCGUUCGGUAGAGGUAGAUGGUCUUCCAGCACAUACCAGCACGUCACCCCAGCAGAUGCCAGAACAGCCAAACUUUGCUGACUUCAGCCAGUUCCAGGCUUUUGCUGUUGACCAGCCGGCAGAUGAUGGAGAGAAACCAUCUGACAGUGGACAGGCAGAAAGAUGUGCAGAAACAGCUGGGACAAUGAGAACAGCAAAGAACGACGUUCAGUCAGAGGAACGAAAUGCAACCACUGUCAACUCUGCUAAAGUAUCCACUCCAUUGGCCCCACCCCCUAAACCCGUUCGUCGAAGACUGAAAUCCGAAGAUGAGCUCCGACCAGAUGUGGAGGACCUUCCACAAAAGUCUAACGUCAUAGCCACUGUUCUAGCAACCCAGCCCUCAAUUCCACGGUCUAUUGGUAAAGAUAAGAAGGCCAUCCAGGCUUCCAUUAGAAGAAACAAAGAAACAAAUACGGUUUUAGCCAGACUCAACAGUGAAUUGCAGCAGCAGUUGAAGGACCUGCUAGAAGAAAGAAUAUCGCUUGAAGUGCAACUGGAACAGCUUAGACCGUUUUCGCAUUUGUAAACCUUGUGUGUGUUCGCUUCAGAUUGAAUGUUUGUGUGUAUGAAAGAGUGAUUACCCCAGUUUUUUCUUUUUAUUUGUUUUUGUUUUUGCGUGGUCUGUUGGAUCCUCUGGCAGGAUGUCCAUUUCACCCGUCUCCACUCCUCUGCUGACUGUGUGAGAAGAGACACAAUCGCUGCUUCCUCCAGACUGUUCUGUCUCACACAGCCAUUCAGAGGGAUGGGGUCCAGGAACAUUAUCCGUUAUGGCACUUUGAUGAAACAAAGUCUGAGUGGUUGUAUGUGUAAUACCCCAGACAGUGCAGGUUAUGUUUAGCGUGUGAGGCAAGAGCCUGACGUCAUGGCCGGCAGGAGGCUGUAAUUCUGGUAAACAUGAAGGAGCCUUUUCCCCUCCUGUUCUCCAGAGUCCCAAGGCAGCUUGUCAUGUUCUUCCAUGUUAGAGGCACCCCUGUGUGCUCAGACAAUCAUGUUAGGCCAUGCACUGGUCGUACAGAGGGGAGUACUGAUUUUUGGGAGAUCGUACUAUUUCAGAAGUACGCUUUAGAAAACUGAUUCUGACAGGCACUUGUUAAAGGGACAGUUCACUCAAAAAUUCAAAUUCUUUAGUUUUUUUUUUUCAGCCUCGUGAUGUUAUAAACCCAUAUGACUUUUUUGAAGAAUAUUGGUGGCUGAUCUUUUUCAAAUAAUGACAGUAAUAAGGGACUGUGGAUUUAAAGCUCCAAUAAUACAAAAGAUACUCCAAAAACGUGUACUAUAUUUAAAUUAUUUCAUUGUCAUAUGAUUGGUGUUUGCAAGGAACAGACACUGAUUUUUUUUGUGCAGUGUUCUUCUGCUGUGACUGAAUCAUUGAGUUGAACUUGAGCACUGGAUCAAUUCAUUCAUUUUUUUUUUUUUUUUUUUUUUUUUGGAUAAUCAGAAUUUUUCAAACAAAUCAUUUAUUUUAUGGCCUUAAUAAUUAGAAAUAUAACGCAAAUGUUGUAUGGGAUACUUUUUACGCUGCUUUUGUUUGUAAGCCUCUCCUUAUAUUAAAAAGAGUGAACAGGAUAUUCUCAAAAAAUUAACUUUUUGUGUCACAUGAAAGAAAGAAAAUCUUAUGGGAUUUGAGCAAAUGACAGAAUUGUUCAUUUUGGAUGAACUGCCCCUUUAAUAUUUAUCCUCGCCAUACACGGAUGGCACAUCUGUGCGUGAGAGAUUUGUGAUGACAAUGGUUUCAAAGGUAUGGCAUCAAAAACUGCUUUCUUUUCUUACAAAACGACUCGGUCAACCUUGUACAGUCUUUCACCCCGGGAUGGCAGGUGUCCCUCUCUCAGUCUCAAAUGUUGGCUGUACCUCAUACGGUACAUCAUCUGAUUCAGUCCUGCAUCAUAAACUCUUGUGACAUCAUCAGUACGUGAACCUGAGACCUAAAACAGUGACUGCACUUUCUCCCCUUCGGCUUUCAUUUGUCUUAUCUCGUCACUAUUUUUGCAUGUCGUUCACAAUCUCAUUUAGUAUAAAAGACUCUUAACGAUGAACCACUCGAUUUGUAUCUGUAACGUCUGAACUAAUGUGACGUAUGUGUUGUUACAUAGACUUGCACCAUGUCUUUCAUUCGUCAGUUUGUUUUGACUGAUGUCCGUGUUUUUAUUUUACUCAUCCUUAAAGCCUUACUUCCUGGUGUGCAGGUUUUCACAGUAAUGUAUCCCUCCCAUGUUAAAUCAAGGUGAGCCUUUUCUCCCUGCUGUUCAGGCUGAUUUACUGUAUCAGGGGUAUGUUGUAUAUUGUAUGAUACACACCUUUUGAUCUCAUAUGUACAUUUGCAUUAAUUGCUGACUAACAGCAAAUAUUCUAUUUAAUUGCUUAUAUAAUGGCUGUGGGAUCAUAAAUGUUUAACUGCAUGGAUGUGUCUCUGCAGAAUGAACUAGCAGCUGUGUGAUUUUUACACAAAAUAAAAAUGGCACAAUAUUUUAAUAAUUUC